AUGGUCGUCCGCCUCUUGCAAGACAUGAAGGUGAACCCACCUGCCAGUGCGAGCCGCGGCGACGGCGGCAGCCUCACCCUGAACGUACCCCAAGUCGAGGGCGCGACGGCAGCAUCAUCAGCGUCGUCUGCCCAUCUGCAUUCGUCCGCAUCAACACCCGCCACGUUAGCCAGCCACGCCCAUCAGUCGGAUGAAGGGGAGGGCGCCGUUGUCGAGGGCGAUUCUUCCCUGGCCGCGCACUCCGUGUUCGCCACGGAGUUUGUGCAGAAGGCCGUCAGCACCGAGUCGCUCCAGGAUCUGAGUCUGGACCUCGGCGAGACCCUCGAGGCCCUCUCCCAGAUCGUCAACGCUCUGAAGCAGCCGACUGCCGCGGGGGAGAUGACGUACCCUCUCGCAAAGCCAAUCAACCGGCUUCGCAUCCAGGGUCUCAAGCUGCCGCCUAUAGAGAAGGCCAUCAACACGAUUCGGAUCGCCAGGAGCCAACGACUCACGGGAAUGGCUUGGAUAUACGACUUCAUGCCCACUCGGCGCUUCCCGGAUCUCUGCCUCAACGUCUACUUCUCGGACACCUACUCGGACUUUGACUUCAUCGCGGUGAACGGUGGUCUCCACUCUCUCUUCACAGACUACGCCGCGCAGCUCCCGGCAGAAGAAAAAAGAGAAUACCUCGAAUAUGCAAGAACAUGCCGUGAAAACCUGGAAACCAGCCUCGUCAACCUCCCGCUCCAUCUGCCGGCGUCAUCGGACGUGAUCGUUGCGCUCCUCUUCGGUGAUGAGCUGAUCAUCGUUCAGACGUUUCAUGCCGUCGAAAUCUCAAAGCCGUCACUGGCCUGGACGCUGGCGUCAAAGGCCUCUGAGCUGUGCCAGACCCUCGGAUAUCACCGCGUUGAAGCCCUCAAAACCGCAAAGAGCGACGCGAAGCCGACGGUGAACGGGAUGCACUGGCACCAGUACCUCUUCUGGAACGUGUACUAUAUCGACAAGAGUCUCUCACUGCGACUGGGCCGGGCAUCGACGAUCCCGGAUUGGCACAUCACCAUGCCUCUGCCUUCGGUGGAGGGCUCCAAGGACCACCCGAUUCUGCCCUACCUUGUGCUGUGGAUCAAAACGGCGAAAUGCCAGGGCCAGAUCUACGAGAAGCUCUACAGCCCGGACUCGAUGACCCAGCCGUACCAUGUCCGGCAGACGCGGGUCCAUGAGCUGGUGUCAUCGCUCCACGACAUUGAAAUGCGCACACAAGAGAUCAGUGCCGACUAUCAAGUCCACGCAAAGGACGCCGUAGAAGAGAACUUUGCAGAGUUCUACCUGUCGUCGGACAGUGUUCUGCGUCUAUCGCUCCUCACCCUGGUCUAUCGGGCCGCACCGAGUGUCGAGGGCUCGCCAACCACGUUCAGUCCCGAAUGCAUCAAGGCUGCACGAGCCGCGCUUGAGAAACACAGGGAAUGCGUCGCGGUCAUGCGCAAGUCCUCCAACGUCUAUUUCUCGACUUACAUCCACUGGACCGUGCUAUUCUCUCCCUUUAUCCCGUUCAUCGUCCUUUUCUGCCAGGUGAUCGAGACUCAGGACAAGGAGGACCUGGCACGCCUCCACUCUUUCGUCGUGUUCCUGCAGGAGACGUCGUCCAUGUCUGACGCGGCGGGCAAGAUGAACCGCCUCUUCCAGGUCCUCUACAGCGUCGCCCUCCGCUUCGUCGAAUUCCGCGCCUCCACGCCGCAGUCUCGGCAAGCGGAGGCGAGUGCCGAGAUGGAUGCGUACCUGGCGGCCUUGGGAUUUCCGCCAAAGGGGGCGGCGGACGGCAGACAACAACAGCAACAGCAGCAGCAGCAACAGCAGCAGCAACAGCAACAGCCCAUUACUUUCAACCAAAAUGCCGGAGUUCUGCAGGAGCUCCCAUCGGUCCCUGUGAUCGCGGGUAUGGGAGUCGAUGCCAUGGACGAAAACUUGCGACCUGGUAAUCCCAUGAUGUGGAUGACCAAUGCCGCCCAGCUGGAGGAUUUCUUCUAUUCGAACACGGCGAUGAUGGACCUCAUGCAGGAACCCAUAUUCGAUCCAUCAAAUCAAAGUUAG